AUGUCAGACAGGUGCAACGGAGAAAAGUUCUUGCCAGCCUUUACCGCGCGGGAUGAGGAAUCAACCCGCAGCUGCCGCCCGCGGGGACCGCUCCGGCAGGGCCAGGCCGCAGCUGGCAGCCACAGGCAGCGCUUCUCUCUCGCGCCCGCGGCUACUACCCGUGGUCCCGCCCCCCGCGCGCCGCCAGCGCUUACCGCCCGAAGGGCGGCGGCAGGCGGAGUGCCGCUUAGUCGCCUCAGCGGCAGCUCGGCGCCCGCAAUGGCGCACGGGGUAGCGUGGGGCUCAACAGCACGGCUCUGUGUCGUCCACGCGGGGCGGCCGCUGGAGCUGUUUUGCGAGGACUGCGGGCACUGCGUCUGCGCCCUCUGCCCGGCCCUGGGUCCGCACCGCGGACACCGUGCAUGCCUCCUGCGCGACGCCGUCUGCCGCAAGCAGGAACUGAUGGCAUUGUGUUUGAAGGAUCUUGAAAAGAGAAAAGAGCAAGAAGCUGGUAACAGAAGGAGCAUAGAGCAGGCUGCUAGUGAACUGAAGGCACAUGCCAUUAUGAGCAAAAGGCAGCUGUCAGACCGAAUGACUGAGCUCCAGUUACUGCUUCGGGAAGAGGAGAGUCUGGCAAAAAACUUCAUUGAUGAAAAGACUCAGCAAGCCCUGGAAGCGCAUAAUCAGCAGUUGGAGUCUUGCCAAGAAAAGCUUGAAGCCCUGGAGACCUUGUCAGUUCGAAUCAGACAAAUACAACAGCACAGUGAUCCUAUUCAAUUCUUGGAGAAGUACACCGAAAUCAAGAAAGAAACGGAGGAGCCCAGGCACCUGUUAGAACAGUGGCAUCCGAUACCUCUCUCCUUUGAACAUGUUCUUAACCAUUAUAAGCAAUUCAUGACAGCUCUUCAGGCCAUUCUACAGAAACCACUAGAAGCUCGGCUUAAAAAAGAUGUUUUGAGUAGCCUUAAUGCCACUGCAAAGAAGCAGCCUGGAGCAGUGUUGAAAACCUUGUCUCCCAUUGACCGGUUGCUUUUCUUAAAACAUGCAAGAUCACCAACCUGGGAAUAUGACAGCCUUCACCCAAGGCUGAAGUUAUCUGAUGACCGUCUUGUAGUAAGCUGUAACUGGAGGAAGAUAUUUUACCCUUGUGGUCCUCAGAGAUUUGAUAAAUUAUGGCAAGUGCUAAGCAGAGAUGCUUUCUUUGCUGGGAGCCAUUACUGGGAAGUUGACCUGCUUCAUGCUGGAGCAGGAUGGUGGAUUGGUGCAGCCUACCCUUCCAUUGGCAGGAAAGGUGACUCUGAAACCUGUCGACUGGGCUGGAAUAGAGCAUCUUGGUGCCUGAAGAAGUUUGAUGUUGAGUACUGGGCAUUUCACAAGGGGGAAAGAAUUCCCAUCAAGAUAGAAGAUGAUCCUGAUCGCAUUGGCAUUUUUCUGGAUUACGAAGCGGGAAUCCUUUCAUUCUACAAUGUUUCAGAUGGCAUGGCUCAUUUACACACCUUCCACUGCAAGUUCACAGAACCAGUUUACCCAGCUUUGAGGCUCUGGGAAGGGUCUAUUGGAAUAUGCAAACUAACAUAG